AUGAGUUUCAAUGUUUCUAAGGUGAUAGAGCUAAUAAACAAGUACGGUUACCGUGGCCUAGCCCACACGGUAACAACGGCCGACGGUUAUCAGCUCGGAGUACAUCAAUUAGUACGAAAGCAAGGUCCCGAUCGGAAGCUGCUACCGGUACUGAUUAUUCACGGUUUGCUGGGCAGUUCGGCCGAUUGGGUGCUGAUCGGGCCGGAAGAUGCACUUGCCUACCAGCUGGCCAGGGCCGGUUACGACGUGUGGCUUGGCAAUACCCGGGGCAAUCGUUACUCUCGUCAGCACGUGCGCAUGUCACCGAACGAAGCGCAGUUUUGGAACUUUUCCUGGCACGAAAAGGGCACUUACGAUGUGCCGGCCAUUAUCGACUUCAUUCUGAACAAAACGCAACCCCCGUCCCAGCAGAUCUACUUCAUAGGGUACUCCGAAGGUGCUACGGCAUACUUCACGAUGACCAGCAGCUUACCACAGUACAACGGUAAGAUCCGUUUGGCUCACGCGAUGGCACCCGCCGUUCUGCUGGAUAAAGUGCGCAGUCCACUGCUGCUUUCGCUCUCCGAAAGCUCGCCGCUUCUGAUCCCAAUUACGCAGAGCGCCCAAAUGGGCGAGCUGUUCAAGUGGUCGGAACAGCAAAACGGUUUCAUUCAAACAAUGUGUCCACCGUUUGCAAAAAGGAAUCCGUGUAUCGUGUUGUUUGAAAAUCUGUUCGGCCCGAACUCAGAAUCGAUCGAUAUGCAUGUGGUUCAGGCCAUGAUGGGUCACUGUCCGUCGGGAGCUUCCCUCAAGGAACCAAAGCACUACAACCAGAUUAUGCAGAGCGGUAUCUUUCGGCCAUACCAAGAGGACAACACGGAGCGUAUCGUUAAGCCGUACAAUCUCACACUAUCCGACGUGCCGGUCCACAUCUACUACGCAUUAAACGAUUGGAUUGUUCAUCCGAAAAAUGUGCGACGGUUUGCAACAGUACUGCCAAACGUGCGCGAGCUUCGUGCCAUUGGUGGUAAGAAAUUCACACACAUUGAUUUUUUGAUUGCUAAACGUGUCAAAGAGACGCUGUACAGCAAGAUUCUAUUUAAUCUAAGAAAUGAUGCGCGCAAAAUUUCGCUACAGGUAGAAAAAGGGCUCAAUACCGACCCGUAAACUAGAUCAACCACGCUACAAUAUAGCUUACUGCAGUGAUGGACCAUUGAAACUGCACAAAUAAAAAAAAACCCAGAUUUAACAAA